AGCUCGCUCACAGUGGGUUCCGUUGUUUUGGAGAGAAUAGGACUAUUGCUGUACUAAGAAGAAAGCUCGAGCAGCUUGAUUAUUUUAUUCGGCGAAAGUAGCUCGUUCGUCGCUAUAUUUUGAUCGAGUCGCUUAGUAAAACGGCGACUUGAUCCAACUAAUCCGAUUUGCGUUGUGAAUUUAGGUGGAAAGGGAUGCCGCUGCAGACAGACUCCGACGGACGACACCAGUCUCUGGAUUUAAUUUCAUCGCAUUUAAUCGGAAAGAGCAGUUUUUCUAUAAAUUUAAAAAGCCUCAGAAUAAGCCGUUCUCGACCGAGUGCUUGUGUGAGACACUUAAGCUCGAGUACGAACUAAAAAAAAAAAGCAGCUUCCGUUGCGAAGUUACGAAAACGGGACGAAGGUAUUAAACGAGCGUAUUGCUAAUUUAGCUUAGGCUAACUGUGGACGCAGCGAUAAAGCGAAAGGAGAUCGUUAACCUCUGUUUCAGUGAAAGAAGACACGCGUCUGUGGAGUGGUUUAUUUCGUCUCCUUCAGCUGCCGAAUAAAGUAGUCGCGAUGAAACUGUUGGAGAACUCCAGCUUUGAGGCGCUCAGCUCCAGGCUGUGUGUGGAGACGGGAGAGUCUCACAUUCUGGGCAGGAUCGAGAGCUACUCCUGUAAAAUGGCAGGAGAUGAUAAACAUAUGUUCAAGCAGUUCUGCCAGGAGGGGGAGCCACACGUCCUGGAGGCUCUAUCUCCCCCUCAGUCCACCAGCGCCACCAGUCCUUCACAACUGGGGAAGAGCAGCGAAGACGGCGAGAACCCUCUGAGUGACAAGUGUUGCAGGAAGACACUCUUCUACCUCAUCACCACACUCAACGAAUCCUUCAGGCCGGAUUACGACUUCAGCGCGGCGCGAGCCCACGAGUUCAGCCGAGAGCCCAGUCUGAACUGGGUGGCCAACGCUGUGAACAGCAGCCUGUUCUCAGCUGUAGGUGAGGAGUUCAACUCCCUGGGGCCGGAGCUGUGGAACGCCAUCGACCAGGAGAUCAACCUGCAGGGCUGUGACAUCUACAGCUACAACCCCGACCUGGACUCCGACCCCUUUGGUGAAGAAGGAAGUCUCUGGUCCUUCAACUAUUUUUUCUACAACAAGAAGUUGAAGAGAAUCGUUUUCUUCACAUGUCGCUCUGUCAGCGUCCUGAGCGGUUACGGCCGUGACAGUCUGGACAACGAGCUGGACAUGGAGCUGGACGAUGAGGAGGAGUUGGACGGCUUCACUGAGGACAGGUGCCCCAGAGCUCUGUGUGUGUAACCGAAUCCAGGUGCCCCUCCCAACCCCCCGUGUGGACUUCCCCUCCUCCGUGUUUUCACUUCAUCACUCCGUGUGUUUUAAAAGUCAUUUGUUUUUUUAAGGACGUGGUUGCCUCGUCCUGAAGCCAUGUUUCGCACCUUUAAAGAUAACUGCAUGUUUGAAUCCUGCUCCCUCUGCUGGCAGGGUAGUGCAUAUACAGUAACAUGGCGGACAUUUAAAAAAAGAAAAACAGGAUGGCGACGUUCCUGCGGCAGCUUCACGCUCUUUCCUUCUCCAGUGUGGUUUCUGACCCCAAGCACAGUUUUGACAUUUUCACUCGCCACGUUUUCAAAGAGACCACAGAGAGGACGUCCGAGGAGGUCUGGACACGACUGGGAAUCCGAGAGGAGUCCUGACGCGACACCAGCACCAUCAAACAUUGAUUUUUAAUCGUAUUCCAUCCUGGGACGGACAGGGUCGGGGUCAGAGGUCAGCGGUCCAGACCCUCUGUCAUGUUGUGUUGCUUUUCUGUGACAGUGACGUUACUGUGAGAACUCUUUUUUUGGCACUGAGUUUGUAACAUUUUUUAAGUGUAUUUCAAGUCUGUAACUUGUCAGACAGAAGUCGGUCCCAGCUUUGAAAUCAUAUCAGCGUUUCACUGCUUCUGUUUUACUCAUUUUGUAGCUUUUGUAGAUCAUCUUCAUCUGUUCCUGGUUGACCUUCACUUCUAAAUGCCCGUCCUGCCAGUGUUUUCUUUGCUCAUUACCUCAGUGCAAAGGUGUCAUUGAAAAGUGAAUGUAUAGAACAAUUUUAGAAGAAGAAAAAAAAACAAAACAGCGUAUUUACCAGAAAAGUAGCAGAAAAUGUGCUCGACGUUAUUUUUUAGAAGUGAAGUUCUUUCUAAAGUUCUAUAAAAGCAGGUGGAACUGUUUGUUUCUUUUAACGGCUGAUAUUAAUGUCAAUAAAACUGACGUUGGAGUCU